AUGCCAGAGACUUCUGUGCAUGGGAGGGCCCCUUCUGGAGGUGCGGGCCGAGGUGCCCAAGGCAUUUUUGGAGGAGCACCUCGGCAGCAGAAUACACGUCACAUGCAGUCUAUGCUCACAGAGAUGAGUCGCCUGACCAGCGAGGCCGGCCUAGUGCUGGAAUAUGCAGCUACGGGUGGGGCGACGAACACCGCGCUCGCCGUGCAGGCUUUGCUGCAGCAGGACCUUGGCCCGAUGUCGUCGGAGGCCAUUCGGCGGCAGACGCCUAUCGUUUCCAUCCUUGGGGGCGUCGGCCGAGACCAGCUAGGUUACAAGCUGCAAGACUACCUCAAAGAGACUGGCAUCCAGCCGCUCUUUUCGGAGAUCGUCUCGGAGAGUACUGGCUGGACUGCUUUCUUGUGUGCCAGUCGCCGGGAGAGGGCCGCAGACAGGCCUGCGUUGUCGUCGCAACCCAGUGAGGAGAAGGUCGAUGGCUCUGCCAAGCUUGCUGUGGUCUACCGCGCAAUUCAGGCCGGAGCCGCCAACCAGUACAAGCUGGACCACUUGCGCUUCAAAAUUUGGGAGCAGGUGGAAGCGGCGGGGGUCGUCUACGCAGAGGCGACCUUUCUGACCGUCUCCUUCGAGAGCGUAAAGAUUUUGGCGGAGCAUUGCGCGAAGAUGGGUAAUACCUUCUGCCUGAACCUCUCGGCACCAUACGUGUGCCGAUAUUUCGGCGACCGGAUACUGACGGUCAUGCCUUACACGGACUUCGUCUUCGGCUCCGAGACCGCAUCCCGCCAGCGUUUUGCCCAUGUCCCCCGCAUGGGAAGCUUGGAGGGGACGGGGGAAGGGGGGGGCACAUAUGCACCAGGCUCGCAGCAGCCGGCCCCGGAACAUCAAGUUUCAAAGUUCAGAGUCUUGCGGUUUGAUGGUUCUUUGAUGUUCUUUUGGAGAUCGAUUCUGGUUUGGAGUUCGUGGCCACUCAGCAUGGUCUCAUGGAUGCCUGUCUGCUGUAAUGUGGGUUCGGGGUUGCGAUCAUUCAAUGACUUUAUUAAGGGGAGACACGCUUUGUCGGUGCACCUGGCGUGA